AUGGAGGAGCAAGGAUCUGGCGCUGCAAGGUGGUCGCGCCAGACGUCCGCAGCUGGAGUUGACGCCUGGCGCGGCAUAAUCCCACGGCGGCAGGUGUCGUCGGCCACCCACAGCGACCGCCGGCCCGUGCUAAUUGGCCGGCAACAAAAGCGACGUCCUUGGAAUCACAAGUGACUUCUCAGUGCGACGUCGGAGAAGUGAUGCAGGACACCGAGAAGCAAGCCGGCUGCUGACAACGACCGCAAGGCCGACGGGGCUCCUUCAGUCCGGCUAGCUGCAAGAUAUCUUUGA